AUGGUGAAUGAGUUAGUUGUGACUCUCAAUGACAUGUACCUGGGUGGACGUGGACAUGACGACCUUCCGCGUCGUGCCGCUGGAGAGCCGCUGCUAGCUGUCCAUGCCGAGGUGCACCGAGAGCUGGAAGAUGCGGUUCGCCGCUUCGGAGAGCCGCCGAUGGACCUCGACGGCCCAGGAGCCCUUGCGGAGCUUCGGGUGUCUCAGGCGCACCGCGGGGAGGCCGUGGCCAUCGCCCCGGUUGGCUUCGACAACGUCGACCGCAUCUCUCUGCCUGCUGCUACGACUUCUCCACAGACGCUAGAGCGUUUGGCUGGUGAUGUGGGCCGGAAGAUCGCCAAUCGCUUGCAAGAAUUGUUGCUACCCCGAGAACAGGGGUUGGACCGCAUUCGUACUGAGGGACCACGUCGGCUAUAUGUUGAUCCCAACCUUCGUAACCCUAAGCUGUAUCAAGGAGUAUUUCGACGGCUGGUGGACUCUAACCUGGUGAGUUUCCAGCUGGAUUGUGAGUGCUCGGUCGGGCUCUUUUUCGUUCACAAGAAAAAUGGCGAUCUGAGGAUGAUCUUAGAUGGCCGCUACUCGUCACUGCGUUUCGGCGAGGCCGACAAAGUUGAGUUAGCCUCAGGCGGUGCUUUCAGUCAGAUCGCCGUAGACGGGGAUGACCCAAUCGCAGUGGCGGGCGUAGACAUCGCUGACGCUUUCUACAACAUUCUGCUGCCUCCAUGGUUGCAAAAAUACUUCGGCCUCCCGCCCGUCAGGGCUGGAGACUUCAAUCUUUCUCACGUUGGCGAGGGCAUCCCCGUUCAUCCUUCGCAAAAGGUGGUGCCCUGUUUAAGAUGUCCGCCCAUGGGCUGGAGCGUGAGUCUUUGGAUCUGCCAGACCUUGAACGAGCACAUCAGUUCUCUAGUCCCGGGCGUCAGUACACAUAACCUCUUUGUUGAUCGUAGACCAGCCCCGAGUUUGAGCGAUGAUUUCAUUCACACUGAGUACGUUGACAACUUUGUCUCACUGUCUCGGUCCGUGGAACGCGCUGGGGACAUCGCCCGGGCCGUGGGCCGCGAACUAAAUCGAGUCGGGUUGCCUACGCAUGAGGUCGAGGAAGGAGUAGGCGGUCAGACUUUGGGCUGGGAGUUUGGUUCGAGUGAUGCUGUCAUCGGGCUAAAUCCUCGUUUACGGUGGAGGUUGCGUCUGGGCAUCCAGGAGAUCUUGAGGCAAGACCGCUGUACUGGGGACACGCUCUGGAGGGUCAUAUCGCACUACACAUCUCGGGGCCUCAUCAGGCGGGAACUUUUGAGCGCUCUGGGUGCCGUGUACUCGUUCAUCCGCGUGGUCUCUUGCGUGGACGUCUCGUGGUGGGGGGUUGGAAUCGCCGAGAAGGAUUUCUCGCAUGAUCAGGUCGUCGAGUUGUCGUCCUUCAACGAGCGAUGGAGAUUUGGGCGAGAUAGCGAGAAGUCGAUGCCUCCCCGAGCUUUCGACAUUGGCAUGUGGGAAGAUGAGACCGAGGAGACCGAGACGAGCACGGGGUUCACCGAGCCCUACCAUGUCCAGGAGGCCUCGAAGGGCCUGAUGUUCAAGGAGCCCAUCAAGGUCUUCCUGAAGCCCUCAGAGGCCAAGUUCAGGAGCGUCUCGAAGGAGGGGUCGGGGAGGACCAAGGACCAGCGCGGCCGUGACUUCGUCUCGCCGCCGCCGGGCCUCAGCCUCUACGACGAGCCCAGAGAGAGCCACUCGGUUCUGGAGCAGGAGUCGGUGUCCGCCGCCACUUGCCAGGACUACGAGAGGCGAGCCCACUACGUCUACCUCGGGGUCGAGCACUCUCGCCUGGAGACGGUGGCCGAGGAGCAACUGCACAAGGCCCUGGUGACGUACUUCCGCGAGCGGUUCUUGGAGGGGGGCGAGAGCAUGAACGCGAGGAAGCUCCUCGCGUUGCUGGCCUUCGCGGGGUGCCACCUGGGCCUGAAGUACAGCAGCCUGCGGUGUGCGACCCGAACUGCUCGGGGGGGGCGCAAGCGGGCUCCGCCUCGGUCGAUGCUUCGGCUGCCGUGGGCCGCCGGCUGCCUUGUCAUUCGCCAGAUAGCUCAGGCCAGGAAUCGAGUACUGGCACACCUCACGGCCGUGGCCCUUGCCCUGUACCUGAUGCCGUCGGAGGCGAUCUCUCCUACCUCCCACGGCUUGGCGCCGCCGUCAGUGCUUUCGCUGGAAGGUAGCGAACCCGCCUUCGGUUUUGUCAUCUCGACCUUGCUGGGCUCAAAGGGGCCCAUUGCCAAGGUCGGUGUUGCGCUUCUCUUCGGGACGCUGAGCUUCGUGAUACUCUUCUUCACCGUAUUCAUCCAUGAGCUCGGCCACUGCGCCGGCGCGAAGGUGGUCGGAGGCCGUGCGCACAGGAUCCUCCUCUGGCCCCUCGGCGGCCUCGCUUUCGUGAGCGGCGGCGGCGGCAGCGCUGGCGACCUCGUGAUCGCGCUCGCCGGGCCAGCGACGCACCUGCCCAUGUACUUCGCGUGGAACGAACUACGGGCCGCCGCGGUCGCCAGAGGCGCUGCCGACGUGCUGGUGCAGGUGUGCGCCUCCGGAGCCCGCCUGCAGGUCAUGCUGGCGGCGUUCAACCUCCUAGUGCCAGCGUACCCCCUGGAUUGCUCUCAGGCAUUGGUUGCCCUGCUGCGUCUGUGCGGCGUGCCCGCCAAGGCCAGCGCCUGGUUCAUCAUCGUGUGCUCGCUGGCGUGCCUCGUGCUGAUCGUGUGCUGCAUGGUGCGGCUGGUGCACGUGCCGAUGCUGCCCUCCGGGUACAAUUCGAUGAGCAUCAUCAUGGUCCUGUGGCUGGGCUUCCAGACCUACAGGCGUCCACGACCGCCCACCCGGCGAGGCCCCGGCGGAGGCCCAGCCGGCGCAGAGGGCGCCCACGGCCGCCCACCGGGCUGUGGGUCGACGUGUCGGAGGACAACGUCAAGGGGAACCCGCUGUUCGCGCCGAGGGACGGCGAGGGCCGCAGCUCGGAGGACACGCCCGAGGCGGAGGAGGGCCUGAUCCCGAGGCAGCGCAGGUCCCACUACGGCUGCGCCUUCUGCGCACCUUGGACGCCGCCGUGACCUUGCUUGGGCCGAUGCCGACCUGACCUCCCUCUCGAGUGCGCGGAGCGUGCUGGAGGGCGUUGUCCCAGAGGCGACGGCGCCCCCCCGCCACCGGCGGGGGCGGCGUUGCUCUCCGCGCGGUUGUGGGCCGCGGCCGCCGAGGGCGGGCGCCGACGCUCGCG